AUGAAGCGGGUUGCGGUAAUCUUCGUGUUACUGUACCUUCCUUGCAGUCAUGUGAGUUCGAUUUGCAGCCUUGAUGUACAUGUUAUUUAUGUUAUUAUUUUUCAAAUUACUUUGAUUUUAGGCGCUAUCUCAAGUUGAGUAUUGCAAAAAGUUUUUGGACUGUGAAAAUGAUAUGAUGGACACUCACAAAAGGUGCACAGAUGGAUCAAGGAAUGCCACGGCUGAAGCCUGUGAUCUGGUUCAAGACUUUAGGUAAGUCGAUUAAGCCGCUUCUCAACAGUAUUUUAGCGAAUUGUCCAAGUUAAUGAGGGCUCGGGUCAACGAAUUUGGGGCCUGUGUUUCAGCCGAGAGUUUUAUGCAGAGUCAGCGAUCCGAAGAGAUCGAAAUUGAUGUAAGCAUUAUGUUAAACCUGAAUUUUUGAUUAAAAUUUUUUUAAAUCAGGAUUUUUAGGAGAAGCAGUGUGAAUUGGACCCUGAAGAAUUUGCGGAACCCCCCUCAAGUUGUUGGAAGUCAGUGGCGCAGAUCAAAAGGAAGUGCCAGAAAUUCCAGAGAUGUUGCCCUGCGGCUAAAGUGUAAGCCAUAGAAAAAAUUUUUUUUUAUUCGAUAAUGUUAUAUGAUGAUGGUUUUAGUUGCGUAAAAAGUGGCAAGAACAGUCAGGUAACUCGAGCCGUGAGGGAGAAACAUGUAAUUAUUAAUCACAAAACCUUGGAUUGUCGGGAGAAAAUGAGAUGGAUUCUGAGAACACGUUCUGAUCAUAAUGAGUAAGUAAAAGGCUGGAAUCCUUAUCAGAGAUUGCCACGGCUCCGGAGCCGGCUCUUGGCUCCGGCUCUGAGCGGCUCCGGCUCCGAGCCGGGAGCCAGAGCCGGAGCCGGAAAUUUUGGGGUCGGCUCCGGCUCCCGAGCCCAAAGUCGGAGCCAGGCUUCUCAGUGGUCAGCGAAGUAAAAAUUUCGUGAUCUUGUUAAACCAAAUUGCUUGAAAAACACCGCGGAGGAUGUGACUUGGCUGCAAAAACGUUGGCUGUAUGAUCUCUGGCACUAACAACUUUUAUUUUUGGAAAAAUAUUUUUAAAAAACAUUUUGCAUGGGAGCCGGGGUUCGGAGCCGGAGGCCUUUUUAAAUUUUGCACGGAGCCAAGAGCCGGAGCCGGAGCUGCAAAUUUGGCCUCGGCUCCGGCUCUGGGAGCUAAGAGCCGGAGCCGGAGCCAAAAUUUUGACCGUGGCAACCUCUGAUCCUUAUCCAUAUUGCAGUCCAAUGGUGGCCAAAGCUCGAGCAGUCCUAACUUCGCAAGGAAUCAAAUUUGUGGACAAAUUCAGAGCCAAAGAAACGGUAAGUUAUACCAUUAUUAAGUCAUCCUAUUACUAAAUAUUAUAUUCAAAAAAGUAAGUUUAGGAAUUCCCAACUGAUCUCAAAUCCAAUAUGAACCCCAGCCAACCUCUCCGACCCAUCCAAACUGAACGGAGGCCGGUUAAUGAUGAACGAAGAGGGAUUCUGAAGCAAUUAUCAACACUUUUGUUGCCAAAGGACGAUUCGGAAGUUAAAAUAAGAGCAAAUGAAAGACUCAGCAGAUUUGAACAGGCUUUGGCUAGAGUGGAAAUGAACUCUAGACUCAAGAAGAAGCCGAUUCUCCACGCUGUCAAGAGUUUCCUCCCCCAGGCAGGCAGUAAACCGAUUCAUGAAGGGAGAAGUCGGUAUUCUGAAGGAUCUUCUCCUUUGCCAAAUACUGUCCUCCCCACCUUGAGACCGAUCACCACGACCACUGAGGUAACUACCACAACUGAAACUGCCUCUACCACUACAAUCAUUUCAUCUACAACAGCAUUAGUAACAGAAAGGUCGCGGAGAAAACACAAGAAGCAUCGGAAACACAAAAAGAACUUUAGCACGGGACUUGUCACUGAUCUGGAGCCACAGAAACCACAUGUUUCGUUCGCCCUUCCUCAGAAUCUGGAUCUAAGACGAUUAAGAUUACUCUCAGCAAGACCUCAUCUAAUGAAAGAUGCAGAUAAAAGGAGGGUGUGGCCGGAGAAUAAGGUCGAGAAAUUGGAAAGAAUGGGAGAAAGCGAAGAUUCGGAUGAGAUUUUGCAUAAAACUACUGCAAAAUCAAUGGAAACAACCACUCAAAUACCAUUUGAAGUGCGUCGAAUGGAGACUACAGCAACCCUGACCCAUGGAGAACAGAAUAUUCGAAUAAUCGAGGACGCUGAGACCAAUCAAACGGCAGUCUUAACCCACCAAAUUAAGGAAGAGCCGUCCAUAAAUGGAGAUAAAAUAAGUGUUCAUGAGGAUACUGUCACAAAAAUUGAUUCUCAUCCAAUCGACGGCAUGUCUGACCAUAAACAUAAAGUAAGUGUGCUACACGAGGACACUCUCACUCGACAUGAACAUCGAAAAAAUAAUGUGGAUCAGAUGAUGAGAGAAAGGGGCGUGAAAAGGAUUCAAGAAAUGAAUGAUCAACAGGCUACUACAACAUCAGAUGGGGUCCCAGAAGAGGAUGAUGUGUUUGGGAAUGAAUCUGGAUUUACGAGAUAUCCCCUUAGGCAAAAUGGAGCAAAAAUUCAUUUGACUUCAAAGACCGUGACACUAAAACCCUUGGAGCCAGAAGAUGUGGGAUUAAGGAGAGACUUAGAGCCCCUCCAAAAUGCGAAUACAACUCCUGUGGAAUUUGAGACGGGAGUAUUCACAGUCAGGCCGAAAACUAAACCACCAUUCGAUCCGGUGAUGGAAUUUUUGAAGAGGCUUCGAAACCCAAACAGACAUACCCUUCCAGACAGGCUAAAACAAGUUAGAACCUCAAAACUAGCCACUCUGCCUAUUGCUGAGACAACAACUGUACCUAAUAUUAAUAUUAUGGACAGAACUGUCACUCCCACCAUGAGACCCAAGAUGGUGGAUGGAUUUGUGACCUUCGAAAACGAUCAAGACCUGCUUGGAGCAAGGCUUAAACCGCAGACUGUAACUCCAACAGUCAACCCGGAAGAACUGAAAGAGCCGGAAACAACAACCACGAUGACCUCAGAAGACACCACAGUUAUUCCCGAAGGAAACGCUUUGAAUGCGAUGAGAACUAUGGCCGAGAUUCCAGAGUGGCCAACCACUGUUCCGAUGGAAGCAACGACUCGGCCGACCAUUGUUAAGUCCAAUUUUGGAAAGAAUCGAGACAUUCUCAGAAGACAGAAGAUCGUUCGUUUGGAUCAUAAACCCAUGCUGACAAAUGUCGCCAAGCCAUUUACGAAUAGAAACGAAAAAAUUGAAGAGGAUGUUGGCUAUAGGAAUAAGGUUUACAGCGCUCAAAAGUUACUGUUAAGUCAGCCAGAACAACAGAUGACGGAAGAAGAAGCGCUGCUCAGGCUUCAGAGGACUAAAAUGCCAGAUAUCCGCAGAGCUCCCGCUCAAAAUGGAACACCUGUAAAGCCAGCAGCAGCCGAGGAAUUGUAAGAUUAUUUUUGAUGACGAUGAGAUUCUGAUAAUUCCAUUAAAAAGGGUCGUAUUUUAGGCCAGGUGAUUUCAAUCAAGCACAGAAAGAUUUGAUCCGAAAUCUUGAGGAAUUCGUGAAUCGGAAAGUGUACGAAGAAGCGGUCAAGGAUCGGGUUCAACACUCGGAAUCCGAGCUUUUGCAAUCUCUUCGGAGGUCCCGGAGUGAAUUCGAAAUAAUCGGAAAGAGAACCGGAUAUUGCGAAUUAUAUUCAACUUGCUCUGAUCUUCUCAAAUCAGCGGAGAGAGAGUGUCGCGGAGAUGAACUUAGAUUCCCUCCGGAACUGGCUAGACGUAAAUUUGGAAGUUGUAAUGCAAAAUUGUGGACUCAAUAUCAGGUAAAGCAAUCAAUAUUAUACCAGACGAGCUGUUUUAGGACACGGAUAAGCUGAGAUUACAAUUGGUUUCGAUCUUCGAGAGCUGUUUGGUCGAAGAUAUUGCGACCGGAAGGGCGGGAAGUCCGGUAAGAGCAAUAAUAUUAAGUUAUGACUUAUUAAUAUUUUUAGUUUGGCUGCUCAGCAGAUUGGCCAACCCUCCCGGAAUUCCCUGCAGAGUCAACUUGUACACAAAGAACUGCCCAGAUCAGAGAUCAUUGUGUUCGGUUGGGUAAAUGUUGUGAUUCCUUGAAGCGAUGUCGGCAAGUGACUGACCAGAAUCCCCUUUCCCAACAACUUUUCGAUGCCCAACAAGAUCUGGCCCACCGGGCGGCCAAAUGCCAAAGUCGGGGAGGUGGAUUCAGGGCACUAAAACCGAUCGAAAUGCCGACGAAAAAGGUGCUAUUACUGUGA